GAUAAAAACAGAGCACACGGGCUAGCCUUAGCUUUUCAUUUGUUACACGGCUGUUUGAAGACGAGUUUGAGGUUUAGCUAAAUAUCUGAGUGUUUACAGUAAAAAUAAUGUCUUCAGUUCCGCCUCAGAGAGAGUUUAUCAACGAGCAGGUAACUCCUGCUGGAGAAACAUUCACAGAGUGGAAAGAAAUCAACGUUAAGAUGGAGGAAGAGAUGGAGGAUCAGCGCAGACUGAUGGAUUUUACCCGGAUACCGAGGAUCAUCUUACACCGGAUAGAUCUCCCACAAUGUUGUGUGUGUAAAGAGGAGGAGGUUCUCAAUGAAACAGAACCACAGAGGAACCAACUCAUCUCUCAUGGCUCUGCAGAAGCUGAGAACCGGGAUCAGGAAGGAAUCAAUUCUGAAAACCCAGGAAAAGAGAGAAAGGAAGAACAAAAACAAAAGGAGAAAUAUGAGAAAACCAAAGAGCACAAAGGCAGAACUGACACUUCAAAACAAAAAAAGCACAAGAAAGCUCACGCAGGGCAAAAAUUAUAUUCUUGUAAAAUUUGUGAUGAAGCCUUUUCUCAAAAAGAUAUCUUGCUGAGACACAUAAUAACUCACACAGGAGUAAAACCUUUCACUUGCUCAGCCUGUGGGAAAAGUUUCAGACAAAACGUUGGUUUAAUUUAUCACAUGAGAAUUCACACAGGUGAGAAGCCUUUCUCAUGUGGGACCUGUGGAAAGAGUUACAGUGACAGAAGGACUUUAAAUAAGCACAUGAGAAUUCACACAGGUGAGAAGCCUUUCUCAUGUGGAACCUGUGGAAAAUGUUUCUCUGUAAAAUAUAAUUUAAAGGUUCACUUGAGAAUUCACACAGGUGAGAAACCUUUCUCCUGUGGGACCUGUGGAAAGAGUUACAGUGAAAGACGGACUUUAAAUAAUCACAUAAGAAUUCACACAGGCCAGAAGCCUUUCUCUUGUGGGGCCUGUGGAAAAAGUUUCACUCGGAAGGACACUUUAAUUGUUCACAUGAAAAGUCACACAGAUGAGAGGCUUUUCUCUUGUGGGACCUGUGGAAAGAGUUUCAAUGCUGGGAGGACUUUAUCUCAUCACAUGAGAAUUCAC